AGGGUGUUUAUCUAUGUGAAGAAGGGAACGUACAAGGAGAACGUGGAAAUGAACGUGAAGAGCCCUGUGAUGAUCUACGGCGACGGCAUGACCCAGACCGUCUUCUCCGGCGAUCAUAGUUUUGGGGACAAUUACACCACCUUCAAAAGUUACACCCUUGCCUCAAAAGGUCCGGCUGCAAUUCUGCAAGACCUUUGCGUCCGGAACACGGCGGGAGCGGCGAAGCAUCAGGCGGUGGCGCUGCUGGUGGGCGGCGAUAAGUCCAUCAUAAACCGGUGCCGCCUCGAGGGCUACCAAGACACUCUAUACGCCCAUUCCAAACGCCAAUUCUACAGAGACUGCACUAUCACCGGAACCAUCGACUUCGUAUUCGGCGACGCCGCGGUGGUGCUCCAGAACUGCACCCUCAUCGCCAAGAAGCCCCUGGCGGCGCAGAAGAACAUGGUGACGGCUCAGGGCCGCUCCGACCCGAACCAGAACACCGGAAUUUCUCUCCAGCUCUGCAACUUCGUCCCCAGCCCUCAACUCGCACCCGUCGUCGACCGCUUCCCCACCUUCCUGGGCCGCCCGUGGCAGAAAUUCUCCAGAACCAUGGUUAUGGAGUCUUUCAUCGGGGCCCACAUCAACCCCGCCGGCUGGUAUGAGUGGAGCGGCACCCUCUUCCUCGACACAUUGUGGUUCGGCGAGUACUCUAACCGUGGCCCCGGUUCCUCUACCAAGAACAGGGUAAAGUGGUCGACUUUUCACGCCGUUUCCGACCGCUCCGUCGCCGCCAAGUUCACCGUCGCCAAGCUUUUGCACGAUGAAGAAGAGCAAUGGGUAAUCCAUAGCGGCGUGGAUUGCAUGGAGGGUCUUCUUCCUCAUGAGAUCAAUUAAUCAGCCGUACAAAUGUUAAUCUCGUUAAUUAGUUAAGAUUCCUGUACGUACUACAUACGUAAACAUACAUUAUUAUUAUUCCGAAUAAUCCGGUGUAUGUGCUAGCUGUCUAUAAUUUAAUCAGACGUACAAAACUACAAAUGUUAAUUUUACAUUUUUCAA